AUGUCAGAUUCCGACGCAGAAGGGGGCGUUCCCCUGAUAGACCCGGAGUUCGACGCUACUGUGACGUCCAAAAAGCGAAAGCGAGACAGCGAGGUGGAGACGAGCUACGAGAGCAAGAAAGCUAUCAAGAAGGCGAAGCGGAAAGAGAAGAAGAAGCAGAAAUUGAAGGCCAUCAAUGAGGACGAUUUGGAUCAAGAGCUGGGAGUCAAUCAUGCGUUUGAACGGAUGGACGGUCAGCUGCUUGCGGAUUACAUAAAUUCGCGGACAAGGCUGUACGGGAAGGAUCUCAGCAGCGUCGAGCUUGAGGAUCGAGUUGUGCCGGCUCGCAGCGUGAAGGAUAGCAGUAGCUGGACCGAACCGCGAACUCUGGACAACCUCUCCGCAUUCCUGAAAAAGGAGUGCGGCAAACUAGAGCCAACUCCCUCCGAACCUACUGGAGCCCCGCAUACCGUCGUAGUAACAGCCUCCGGCAUACGCGCAGCAGAUGUGUUCCGAUCUCUCAAAGGCGGUUUGCCAAAGCAGGGUGUUAAAAAUCCAAAUGUCGCCAAGCUCUUUGCAAAGCAUAUGAAGCUGGGAGAGCAGGUCGCACACCUCAAGAAGACAAAGAUAGACUACGGUGUCGGCACUCCUGACCGGUUGUCCGCCUUGCUUGAUCAAAAGGCUCUCUCGACAGCGAAUCUGAGGCGGGUCGUGAUUGACGUCUCGUACAUCGAUCAGAAGAAGCGCGGCAUUCUCGACAUGAAGGAGCUUCACGAACCUUUGAUCAAGUUGCUCCUGAGGACGGAGUUUGUCGGCGAGGGCGGCGAGGAUGGGAAGGGCCUGUUCUUGUUCUACUAG